GCAGCGGCUGAACUUUCUGAUGGGACUUCCGCUUCCGGCAGCAGAACAACACUUCCGGUUUUCAGUUACUAUAGGAACCGCUCCGCGUUUGAAAGUGCGACGGUGCGUUCCGUAGGGUUUACUACCCCUGGAUACGUGCGUGGUCUGGAGACCCGGAGACAAGAAGCAAAAGAGCUCCUCUGCCCGGCUCCAUGUCGACCGUGGUAGCGCAGUCGGUGCAUGUUUUUGGCCUUCGAUGUCAGGUGGCUAACAGUAUCCUAUUCUUCGAUGAACACAUCGUUAUAUUUCCUUCAGGAAAUUACUGUGUGAAGUAUAAUGUGGAUCAGAAAUGGCAAAAAUUCAUUCCAGGCUCAGAAAAGAGUCAGGGCAUGCUGGCCUUGUCCAUCAGUCCCAACCGGCGAUACCUCGCUAUUUCUGAGAUCGCACAAGAAAAACCCAUUAUCACCAUUUACGAACUGUCAUCCAUUCCUUGCCGGAAGCGCAAAAUCCUUAGUAAUUUUGAUUUCCCAGUUCAGAGAUUUAUUAGCAUGGCUUUCUCUCCAGACUCCAAAUAUCUGUUGACUCAGACAUCACCUCCAGAGUCAAAUCUUGUCUAUUGGCUGUGGGAAAAGCAGAAAGUAAUGGCCAUCUUUAGAACCGACACUCAGAACAACGCAGUCUACCAGGUGAGUUUCAAUCCCCAGGAUAACACUCAAGUUUGUGUCACUGGAAAUGGGAUAUUUAAGCUGCUCCGUUUUGCCGGAGGAACCCUGAAGCAAACCAACUUUCAGAGAGGAGAACCCCAGAACUAUCUGGCCCAUACCUGGGUGUCUGAUGACAGGAUUGUUGUUGGCACUGAUACAGGCAAGCUCUUCCUCUUUGAAUCUGGAGAUCAGCGCUGGGAGACAAGCAUAAUGGUCAGGGAGCCCGCCAGGGAGACAAAGAACCUGGAGGAGAUCCAGGCAUCAGAGAGCCUGAUUGAAUUUCCGACCAUCAGUUCCCCAAUCCCUUCCUAUGAACAAGUCACCGUGGGCAGUAGCCACAGCCAGCUGACGAUGCCCCGGGUGUUUGCCAUUGCAGCCUAUUCAAAGGGAUUCAUCUGUUCUGCUGGGCCAGGGAGAGUCCUACUGUUUGAGAAGAUGGAAGGGAAGGAUUUUUACCGUGAGAGCAGGGAAAUCAGGAUUCCUGUGGACCUACAGAGCAAUGAGCCAAGUCAGUCUGAUAAACAGGAUGUCCUCUGCAUGUGCUUCAGCCCCUCAGAGGAGACCCUGAUUGCCAGCACCAGCAAGAACCAGCUCUACAGCAUCACCAUGUCCCUGACGGAGAUCAGCAAGGGGGAACCUGCUCACUUUGAGUAUCUGAUGUACCCAGUGCACUCAGCAUCCAUCACUGGCCUGGCUACUUGCAUCCGCAAACCCCUCAUUGCCACCUGCUCUCUGGAUCGAUCCAUUCGCAUCUGGAAUUAUGAAUCAAACACUCUGGAACUAUAUAAGGAAUACCAAGAAGAAGCAUAUGCAAUCAGCCUUCACCCAUCUGGACACUUCAUUGUGGUAGGGUUUGCUGACAAACUACACCUUAUGAAUCUACUCAUUGAUGAUAUACGUUCUUUCAAAGAAUAUUCUGUCAGAGGAUGCAGAGAGUGUUCCUUUAGCAAUGGAGGCCACUUAUUUGCUGCCGUCAGUGGAAAUGUGAUUCACAUUUUUACCACCACAAGCCUGGAGAACAUCUCAAACCUGAAAGGACACACAGGGAAGGUUCGUUCCAUUGUGUGGAAUAUGGAUGACAGCAAACUGGUUUCUUGUGGCACAGAUGGUGCUGUAUAUGAAUGGAAUCUGUCCUCAGGAAAGAGAGAGACAGAAUGUGUGAUCAAGUCCUGCAGCUACAACUGCGUUACUAUCUCCCCUGAUGCCAAAAUUAUCUUUGCUGUUGGAUCAGACCAGACCCUCAAGGAGAUUGCAGAUUCUUCGGUCCUGCGAGAGACGUCAGCAUUUGAUGUCGUCUAUACAGCUGUUGUCAUCUCACAUUCUGGGCGCAUGAUGUUUCUGGGCACCUCGAUGGGAAGCAUUCGUGCUGUGAAGUACCCUCUGCCUCUGCAGAAGGAAUUCAAUGAGUACCAGGCCCAUGCUGGUCCCAUCACCAAGAAUUGCCCUGAGCAAACAGGGAUCAUAGCCCAGGAGAUGUGUCUCUGCCUCCCCCUCAGGGUACGAAGGCCCUCCCUGGAGAUGUUGCUCACCUUUGAUGACCAGGUCCUGCUGACCACUGCAGAGGACGGCUGCCUGUUUACCUGGAAGGUCUUUGAUAAGGAUGGCCGGGGAACCAAGCGAGAGAGGGAGCUGGGCUUUGCCGAAGAGGUGCUUGUUACCAAAACAGACGUGGAAGAGAAGGCUCAGAUUAUGUUGGAGCUGAAGACCCGGGUGGAAGAAUUAAAAAUGGAGAAUGAGUAUCAACUUCGACUAAAGGAUAUGAACUAUUCUGAGAAGAUUAAAGAGCUAACAGAUAAGUUCAACCAGGAAAUGGAAUCCUUAAAAACAAAAAACCAGGUUUUAAAAACAGAAAAAGAAAAGCAAGAUGUACUGCAUCGUGAACACAUUGAAGACCUGCUGGACAAACAAAGCCAGGAACUGCAGGACCUGGAAAGUUGCAACAACCAAAAGUUGCUUCUAGAAUAUGAGAAGUAUCAGGAAUUGCAGCUCAAGUCCCAGAGGAUGCAGGAGGAGUACGAAAAACAACUUCGGGAUAAUGAUGAAACCAAGAGCCAGGCCCUAGAGGAGCUGACCGAGUUUUAUGAGGCCAAAUUGCAGGAGAAAACCACCUUCCUGGAAGAGGCCCAGGAAGAUGUCAGGCAGCAGCUGCGGGAGUUUGAAGAGACCAAGAACCAGAUUGAAGAAGAUGAAGACAGGGAAAUCCAAGAUAUCAAAACUAAGUAUGAGAAAAAGCUUCAGGAUGAAAAGGAAUCGAACCUGAGGCUCAAAGGAGAAACGGGCAUCAUGAGGAAGAAGUUCAGCAGCCUGCAGAAGGAGAUUGAAGAGCGAGCCAAUGAUGUUGAAAUCCUGAAGAGCGAGCAGGUAAAGCUGCAAGGAGUCAUUAAGUCCCUGGAGAAGAACAUCAUGGGCCUCAAGCGGGAGAUUCAGGAAAGAGAUGAGACGAUUCAAGACAAGGAGAAGCGAAUCUAUGAUCUGAAAAAGAAAAACCAAGAACUAGAGAAAUUUAAGUUUGUGCUCGACUACAAAAUAAAGGAGCUGAAGAAGCAAAUAGAACCUCGUGAGAAUGAGAUCAAGGUGAUGAAGGAACAGAUUCAGGAGAUGGAAGCAGAACUGGAGCGUUUCCAUAAGCAGAACACCCAGCUGGAGCUGAACAUCACAGAAUUGUGGCAGAAAUUAAGAGCCACUGACCAGGAGAUGCGCAGAGAAAGACAGAAGGAGCGGGACUUGGAGGCGCUAGUCAAACGGUUUAAAACAGACCUUCACAACUGCGUGGCGUAUAUCCAGGACCCCCGGCUGCUGAAGGAGAAGGUCCGAGGCCUCUUUGAGAAGUAUGUGCAGCAGGCAGACAUGGUGGAGAUCGCAGAGCUGAACACAGACCUGCAGCAGGAGUACACCCGCCAGCGGGAGCACCUGGAGAGGAACCUGGCCACUCUCAAGAAGAAAGUGGUCAAAGAGAGUGAGCUGCAUCGCGCCAAUUAUGUCCGCAUCAUGCAGGUUGCUCCUAGAGCUGUCCAGAGAGCCUGACUCCACUACUGCUGCAUCCACUUAAGCGCACAAUCAGGACUGCCAGUAGGGAUUCUUCUGCCAGAUUUGUUUGUGUAUCAGCAGCAUCUGAGGCAAUUAAUGUGAAUUAAUAUCAAAAGAGAAUAUCAGAAUCACAUUUAUAAGGCACAUACCUUUUUAUGUUUGUAUUUCUUUAAUGCCAUAAUUAAAAUACUGGAAUGGGGUUGGGCUGCAGUUGGAUUGGAACAAACCAGUUCCCAGCUUGGCCAGCUCAUAACCUAGCUAGGCAGAGUGCACUGAGAGUCAGGCCAGACCCAGGCAUGGUGGGUCUCGUGCUAUCUUACAGCCCCCCUGCCUACAAGCAGCCAACACCAUCAAACCACUGCCCUGUUCCUGGGCCAUGAAAGCAGCCAGAGGGCCAGAGGUAGGACUUGAUCCAAUUGGUGGCAUCCUUUAGCAUCAGCAGCUAACACACAGAGCCAUUGCUAAGUGUCUCAA